AUGGCGGAACAGUUAUUGCUUCAUGGAACUCUUGAAGUAAAGAUAUACAGGAUCGAUAAGUUGCAUCAACGUGCAAGAUUCGGUUUAUGUGGCAAGGGGGACAAGGAACCAACGGGGAAGAAGAUUCAAACCCAAAUCAAGAGACUAGCGACCGCAUGCACAGAUUUACUAGGAGGACAUCUCUACGCAACCAUCGACCUAGACAGAUCAAGGGUGGCUCGUACCAUGAUGAGACGUCACCCUAAAUGGUUCCAGUCUUUCCACAUCUACGCGGCACAUUCAAUCUCCAAAAUCAUAUUCACAAUCAAAGAAGAUGAACCUAUCAGUGCAAACCUUAUCGGCCGAGCUUACUUACCUGCCACUGAAGUCAUCUCCGGACAGCCUGUAGACCGAUGGCUCGAUGUUUUAGACCAGAACAAGAACCCUAUCCAAGGAGGUUCGAAAAUCCAUGUCCGUGUGAAGUUCACUAGCGUAACAAACGACCCAGAUUGGAACAAAGCAAUAAUAUCAUCACCACCCUAUAAAGGAGUUCCUAACGCAUUUUUCAACCAAAGAGAAGGUUGCAAGGUUACGCUCUACCAAGACGCUCAUGUCCUUGGCGAGUACCCGGACAUUACUCUCGCGGGAGGACAAGCGAUUUACAUACAUCAUCGGUGUUGGGAAGAUAUCUUCGAUGCGAUAUGGGACGCAAAACAUUUGAUAUACAUCACGGGAUGGUCGGUGUACCCCGACAUAACAUUGAUUAGAGAUCCUAAACGGCCGAGACCAGGUGGGAACCUAAAGCUAGGGGAGUUGCUUAAGAAGAAAGCUGAAGAAAACGUGACCGUUCUUAUGCUUGUGUGGGACGAUAGAACGUCUAACGAAGCGUUUAAGAGAGACGGUUUGAUGAUGACACAUGAUCAAGAAACUUACGAUUACUUCAAGAACACGAAAGUGCGUUGCGUUCUUUGUCCGAGGAACCCGGAUAACGGUGAGAGCAUUGUUCAAGGGUUUGGUGUGGCUGCAAUGUUUACUCACCAUCAGAAAACCAUUGUGGUGGACGCUGAGGUGGAGGGGUUGAAAACAAAGAGAAGGAUAGUAAGUUUUCUUGGAGGACUUGAUCUUUGUGAUGGGAGGUAUGAUACUGAGGAGCAUCCUUUGUUCGGUACUUUGAACAAUAUUCAUUCUAAUGACUUUCACCAGCCGAACUUUGCUGGGGCGUCGAUUAAAAAAGGCGGUCCACGUGAGCCUUGGCAUGAUAUUCACUGCAGGCUGGAUGGUCCUGCGGCUUGGGAUGUUUUGUACAAUUUUGAACAGAGAUGGAUGAAACAAGGUAACGGUAGAAGGUACCUAGUAUCGAUGGAACGGUUCUCAGAGAUCACGGUUCCGCCACUACCAAUCGUACAACCGGACGAUACCGAAGGCUGGACGGUUCAAGUUUUCCGGUCGAUAGAUAACGGUGCAGUUGAAGGGUUCCCAGAGGAUCCACGUGAAGCUUCGAGCGUAGGACUUGUCACCGAACCAAUACUUCCUAGGAAGCUCCUUUGGAUGGAACUCAAGAGACAUUAA